AAUUAAAAAGUUAAUAACUGCGGGCAACGUACUGUAUAGUUCAUAUAAAUAUACAAGUGCUUGAAUUCUCUAUCCAUGCAUAAACAAUUGAAGAAGAAUAGAUAUCCGGCGGGCGGGCAUAUAUACCAUCAUGUCGUCUGGCUCAUUCAUUUCAAUUCCAAUGGCAAUACUCGUGUGCGUGUUGUUCCUCCUCGUACCGUCCUCAGAAUCUGCAGUAUCAAGACUUGGAAAUGCCCAAAGAGUAGCAGCAUCUGCGGAGGUGAAGUGCGCGGAAGAUCAGGCUGCUGCGGCAGCGCCGCCGGCGAAGCAAAGAACAUGGUGCAUAGCAAAGCCGUCGGCAUCGUACCAGGAGCUGAUAGACAACCUGGGGUACGCAUGCAACUUGGUCAACUGUUCGGCGGCGCUGAUGCAGUCGGAAUCCGCCGCGUGCUACUACCCCAACACCCUCAUCAACCACGCCUCUUUUGCCAUGAACCUCUACUACCACACCGCCGGCGCCAACCCGUGGAACUGCGACUUUAAGAAUUCCGCCCUCAUCUCUCUCACCGAUCCUUCUUAUGCCCAAUGCAACUUCAUUUCACUCUAGCUCAUCCAUCCGCCCUGCCCUUCUUAAUUAAAUGCAUGCCCGCAGUAUUAUUAUUCGACAU